AUGGCACCUGCACAGACAAAGGGAGCCGCAAAGCUCCGCGAGCUCAUUGCCAACCCAGAAAAGAUUGUUGUCGCUCCCGGUGUUCACGAUGGUCUCACAGCACGGAUGGCGUUGAACGUGGGAUUUGAUGCCCUUUACAUGACUGGUGCCGGAACAGCAGCAUCGCGUCUGGGACAACCGGACCUGGGUCUCACGACCGUCGACGACAUGGCCACCAAUGCCGGCAUGAUUGCUGGACUGGACCGGGACGUGCCCGUGAUCGCCGAUGCCGACACGGGUUUCGGUGGCCCGCUCAUGGUGGCCCGCACGACGGAAAAGUACAUCCUGCAGGGCGUCGCCGGUUUCCACAUUGAGGACCAAAUCACCACCAAGCGCUGCGGUCACCUGAUGGGCAAGGAGCUCGUCGACGUCGACACGUACGGGGCGCGCAUCCGGGCCGCCGCCCACGCCCGCGAGCGCAUGGGCCAGGAUAUCGUCAUCAUUGCCCGCACCGACGCGCUGCAGUCGCUAGGCUUUGACGAGGCCAUUUUCCGCCUCAAGGCCGCCGUCAAGGCGGGCGCCGACGUGGCCUUCCUCGAGGGCAUGACGGACAAGGACCAGAUGGCGCGCGUCGUCAAGGAAAUGGCACCCACACCGUGCUUCCUCAACAUGGUCGGCGGCGGUCUCACGCCCCUCAUCAACGCCAAAGAGGCCCAGGACCUCGGCUUCAAGAUUGUCAUUUGGCCCCUCCUCGGCCUCACCUCGGUCUACAUUGCCACCCGCGAGUUCUGCAAGGAACUCAAGGAGACGGGCGAGAUCAAGAACCGAUACGGCUCCGACGGCAAAAUUGAUGGUGGCGUGCGUGACGUCUUUGAGCUGUGCGGUCUGUCAAAGUGCAGCGCAUUUGACCAGGAAAUGGGUGGAACCAGUUUCUCCAAGGGUGUAUAA